ACUAAUGAGUUUCGUAAACGCUUUUGGCAGAAAAGACGUAUGUUUUAAGUUUAUCAAGAACAGGAAAAAUACACCCAUCAUCAACAAAAUGCAAAAUUGCAAAAAUUUCUGUGCACUGUAAAUUAAAUGAAGAUAGAAAAUAUAAAAAAAGAACAUUGAAUUUUAUUUUAUUUUUCUGCAACAAUUUGAGACGGUCGUCCUUGAAAAAUGGCUCAAGUAAAUGAAAUAGAACCAACGUGGAACAUCCUCGGCGACAGUUUCCCCAAACAAUACGAAGUACCUGAGGAAGUUGAAAAGAAACCUAAAGCGGAAAAUAUAAGCAAAAUCAAGCUAAAGCUGCAGGACAUACAGGAUGCUCAUAAUAGGAUCAAGAGCGACGUCGUAUUUACACCAGUAAUCGAAGCUAAAUAUGUAGGAAAAAACUUUUGUAAUGUUUUCUUGAAAUGCGAGAAUUUACAGAACACAGGAAGUUUCAAAGCACGUGGAGCUUGUAAUAUACUGUCCAGCAUGUCGCCCUCAGACAAAAGCAAAGGUUGCACCGUAUCGGGUGGUAGAAACUACCUUAGCGCGAUGACAUACUACGGAUUCAAGCAGUCAGUGCCUAUCAACGUGAUAGUACCGAAGGAUUGUCCUCUGGUCGACAAACACACGUACAAGGAGAACUUCGCGAUUGUGAAAGUUCACGGCAAUGAUCUGAACGACGCCAGCCUGCAUGCACUCACUUACUGUGACGAAAUUGGUUCCAAUUAUGUUCACGGGUCUGACCGCUUGGACCUGAUAGCGGGCUACGGCACUCUAGGGUUGGAAUUACUUACUCAGAUGGACAAGAUGGAUGCUAUAUUAUGUCCGGUCGGCAGUGGCGGCCUUGUGGCCAGCCUCGUACUGGCUGUCAAGAGUCUAAAGCCUAAUUGUUUAAUUUACGGCGUUGAAUGUUCGGCGGCUCCUACAAUGACUAAAGCGCUCCAAGAAAAGAAGCCAGUUAUGAUACAACUAAACCCGACCAUCGCUGACAGUCUCAGUACCAUCAUAGCCAGUAAUAACGCUUUCAACAUUGUAAGAGGAUACUUGGACAGAAUGAUAACAGUCGAUGAAGUGUGGAUAUCGCGAGCCAUGAUCAACAUUCUGGAACGAGAAAAGAUGGUGGUGGAAGGUGCCGCUGCCUGUCCUGUCGCUGCGGUGAUGGCUGGGAAGGUUCCGGAGCUACGCGGUAAAAACAUCGUGUGCGUAUUAUCUGGCGGCAACAUCAACAGCAGUCGCAUGUCACGGGUGAUCGACCGCGGCAUGGCGGCGGAGGGCCGCCUCGUCAAGUUCAGCGUGGCGCUGCCCGACGUGCCGGGCGCCAUGGCCAAGCUGCUGGCGAAGGUCACGGACAACGGCGCCGACGUCAAGAGCUUCGUACCCGAACGGGCGUGGAUGAGAAGAGAUAUCUUUACAGUUUCUGUAAAUAUGCUGAUUGAAACAAGCGACAUACAUCACGCCAAGGAUUUAGAAAAGAAAUUACUCAAGGACUACCCUCACUCGCACUUUAUUAUGUUAUAGCUGAUCUGAUACUUCCGUUGGUUUCGUACCCGUCUGUAAAUGUUACCUACACGCCAUCACUUUUCAUUAAAAUAUUACAAUAAAUUAUUCCUACAAUA